CCAAGAAAAAAAAUCAACCAGCUGUCAAAACAGAACGCAGAAAAAAAUAGAUUGUGCUGCAAAUGUUUAGCUGAAAAUAUUAAAAUUUUGUGUUCGUUUUCGCGGAGUGCUCGCGCUGUGAGGUGAAAAAUAGCGAUAUUUCUCGCGGGUUGUUUCGGACGAAUCGUUAAUACGCGCAAAGUCGCGCGCAGCCUGACUCAGCCGACCCGAUGGAUGAAGAUCUCACGGAAUAUGCUCCGGACAUUCCGGACAAUGUUUUGGAGCUGAUUUUCUCCUAUUUGAAGCUGCAAGACCUUCGAAACUGUUCCCUGGUGUGCAAAAGUUGGAAUCGUUUCCUAAAUGAUGAGAACAACGAGGUCUGGAGGGCACAGUGCAUGCAGAAGCUAUCACCGGACGCGUUCAAAACCGACCUGCUUUCGGUAGUUCCCACUUACAAGGCCAAGCUGCGGGCUUUCUUCCACGCCUGGAAUCCGUAUGACUGUAGUCGACAUGUUUACAUCAAACCGAAUGGAUUCACACUCCAUAGGAAUCCAGUGGCACAGAGCACGGAUGGCUCCCGCGGGAAGAUUGGCUUUCAGCAUGGGAGACACGCCUGGGAGGUUAGAUGGGAAGGCCCUCUCGGAACGGUGGCCGUCGUUGGGAUCGCUACGAAAGAUGCCGCAAUACAGUGUCACGGUUAUUAUGCUUUAUUGGGAGCUGACGAUCAGAGUUGGGGAUGGAAUCUGGUAGACAAUUUGCUGCUUCACAAUGGGGACGCCCACGGAAUCUAUCCAUUGCUCAACAAUGCGCCCAAAUACAAAGUUGGCGAAAGAAUUCGUGUUAUUCUGGACUGCGAUGACAACACGUUAUCCUUUGAGAAGAACUAUGAGUUUCUAGGGGUGGCUUUUACAGAUUUGCCAGACAAAGUGUUUUACCCGACGGUGGCGGCAGUAUACGGUAAUACGGAAAUAUCGAUGGUGUACCUCGGUCCCCCUUUGGAUGGGUAAGGAAAUGAAGCAUCUAUAUCUGGGUAAAAACGCAAAAUCAGCUACAUGGGAGCCAACACGAGAGCAAGCAGCGAUUGAAGAAACACCCCCCUAAAGUCCGCGUCCAAUUCUCUAGGAUAGAGCAAACAAUACUGAAACGAGCAAGUAUUGAGCACACUCACACAAAACACACACACAGACACACAUACUCAAACACAUGGCGCCUGUUUAAUCAAUCUAGUCCAGCUCCAGCAGCAGCUGCAGCAGAGUGGUAUUUCGACUGAAAUUUACCAACCAAAGUUAAAGUUAGGAGAGUGAAGAGAGUGGAAAUUUCAACAGCGACAAAAACACGUCUGACACAAUCUCUCUUUUACCUAUAAUUACGAUAAAGAUUACCGUAGUGUUUUUUUCUUUUUUAUAUAUAAAUGGAAAAGAAAAAUUUUGGGCCGGAAGAGAUUUUGUACAGCAAUUGCGAGGACGAUGCUUGUUAGUUGACAUUUUCUAGGUACAAUGAGAAUCAUUCCAGAUUACUUGACUGCCGUUAUUGGAACUUUAGUUGCAUGUACUUCAACACGCUUCAGAGUCUUAGUUGGAAGGGAGUGGCAUUUAGUUGAUAGUGUUAUUUAUUUUAGUUAUUUAUUUCAUUUCGAUCAGUAUUUGUUUUAGUCAAUGAAUCUCAGUUUGCCAAAGAUUUUCAGUUUAACUUAAUGAUAUUUUUUGAAUAUGUGUUCCUAGGUAGUAACAUUCCAGAAUCGUGUUAAGUGUACUAAACCGUUAUUAUUUAUUGCAAAUAAAUGGAAAUGAGGAAGCAUA